GCUUGAGCUUGGAUGAAAUUAUGCGAUCAAGGUAUGGGAACAGACGAACUUGUGCACUCACACACACGCCACUCAUGCCCACCCACAUCAUGGAUGCAUUUUUGGUACCUGUCGCGGUCUCCCUGCCCACUGCUCCAGUCUGCCUGCCAGGAAUCGGCAGCCCACAUCAUCCCAUACACACGCUGCUACCUUCAUCCCUUCAAACCUCUCUACACACUGACUGGACAAAUAUCCGUCGGUUGGCACCAACAGACCACAGGCAGGCAUAUUCCAGUUGACAUGAAUAAAGAGAGAGAGAAAGAGAGACACGUGCCCUUUGCUUUUUCAGUGGCGCCUGUCGUCCGCCGACACCAUGGGCGACAAGGGCGGCGAGCUGGGCGUGUGCACCUGCUCCUCUUCCCUCAGCUCACACGCUGCCGGGGAAUCGUCAUCCCCAUCCUGCUGCUCCUGCUGGUGCUGGUGGUGGUGCUGCUGCUGUUGGCCAGAAUGGGUGCUGCUGCUAUUCCGGCCUGUCUUACUUGAUGACUGGCUGGAAGGGGGGAGGCGGUCCUCAGAUGAUGCCGACUGCGGUGGUGAGGUGUGCUGGUUGGACAGAGGGGUGAUAUCGUGUGGGGAGGAGUCGAGGAGGAAGGGGUGCUGCAGCGCCUCGGCUGCCGUCAUCCUGUAGAUGUUGUCCUUGACCAAAAGGCGCCGGACCAAGUCGGCAGCCAGUGGAGACACCUGCUGCACAGACAAAACAAAACAAAACAAAACAAAACAAGACUUAGAAUGGCCGCUGAGACGCGGGUUUAUCUCACUCUUGUGGUGUAGGGCGGCUCCUCUGUCAUGAUUUUCUGCAGGACUGUCGUCUCAUCGCCUCCAUCGAAAGGCAUGGUCCCAUAAAGGAUGCUGUAGGCGAUCACACCAGCCUGACGUAAUGACACACAAACGCUGCGACCUCUCUCUUUCUGUGUCUCUCUCUCUCUCUCUCUCACUCUCCCCCCAAGGCAUGAAAUGAGUGCCUCACCGCCCAGACGUCGGCCGAUGGGUCGAUCUUUCGAUAGACAGACUCUGGGGCGAAGUAGUGCAGCGACCCGCGGGCCUUGGCCUUCUUGUCAUGCGAGUCAGCACCUGAUGGCACCUCAUCGACGUGUGUGGCAAAACCUGCAUGGCCACACAUACAGUGUUGAAUGGUAGUAAGACAUGGUAGAGAGGCAGCUCACGGACCAAAAUCGAUGAUGCGCAGCAAAGAAUCUUCAAAAACGUCAUUGUCGAGCUUCAGUUUGCGACUGAACAUCACGUUCUCCAUCUUCAAAUCCCUGUGGAUCCACCCAAGGCCAUGGAGAUAAGCCAGCCCCUCCAGCACUUGUCUGAUAAGCUUCCUGGCAAUACUCUCGGGCACCGCGCCAUUGUCAUAUCGCAGCGAGUACUCUAAUAGGUCCCCGCCGGUGCACAAGUCGAUGACGAGCACGUACAUCGGGUCUCCCGUGUAGAAGUCGUGGCGUUGAAUGAUGUUCUUGUGCUGGUAUUUCUUGAGGCAUUCGGCCUCAUUCAAUGCCGACCAGCUCUCGCCCUCAUCGGUGUCCGGGGGCUGCUCUCGCGCCGUCUGGUCCUUCCUCUGCCGCCUGAACUUCUUCUGCCGAUAAGUCGCGUCCGUCUGGUUGGUCCUCCUCGUGAUCUUCGCCGCCCUCUUCUCGCCUGACUGCUUAUGCUGCACCAUGAUCACCUUGCCGUAUGCACCUGCAGAACGAGAAAGACACAAUAGGCAUCAACAGUGUCUGAUCCAUCGCCCGUUGCACCACACAGUGUCACUCCGGCUGACCUUCGCCGAGCUCCUGUCCGAUCUCAUAGUCUUGCAGGAAGGCCGGGGGGAAGACUUCGAGCCCCGCCUUCGAGCCCUUACCGCCCAUCGCUGAGAGAAAAU